AUGUGGAAUAUUUUAGUGAGAUCAGCACUUUUUGUCUUGCUGGCUCUUGGCGUUUUCGUGUAUGGAGAUCCAGAGGACAAGAGAAAGAGUGCUGCCGACUAUUAUGUUAGAAGUCUGCCUGGGCUUUCAGAUGACGCGGGUAUUGUGCAGCAUGCUGGUCAUAUUCUAAUUGAUGAGUCUAUAAACGGGAAUAUAUUCUUCUGGCUAAUACACAAUCGUCACAUCGCUGAGAAAAGAAAGUUUGUUAUUUGGCUUAAUGGAGGUCCUGGAUGCUCAAGCAUGGAUGGCUUGUUUCUCGAAGUUGGUCCAUGGCGCAUGAAUGCUGAUCUAACUCUUAGACCAGAGUACGGAUCAUGGGAUAUGUUUGCAAAUGUUCUAUAUGUUGAUCAACCGGUGGGAACUGGAUUUAGCACGGUAGAUACAAACGGAUACGUAUCAAAUAUGACACAGAUUACUGACCAUUUUAUGAAAUUUCUUGACGAGUUUUUCGCGGUAUUCCCAGAAUAUUCUCGUGAUGAGAUUUAUAUCACUGGAGAAAGUUAUGCUGGAGUUUACAUCCCGUACUUUGCUUCAGCUAUACUAAAGAGGAACAAGAAAAAGACAACACAGAUAGAUUUAAUAUAUGAUCUAAAAGGGAUUGCUAUUGGCAACGGGUGGAUUGACCCUGUUGCUCAGUAUGAAGCAUACUAUUCAUUUGCUGACAUUAAUGGUCUUAUUGAGGGAGAAGCAAAGGAGAAAGUCAAGAAAACUCUUGAAAAUUGCCAAAGAUUACAAAAAACAAAAGUAUAUAUUCAUGAGCCUGAUUGUGAAAUGAUAUUACAAGAUAUUCUCGAUAGUACUACAAAGAUUGAAGAUGGUCGAAAGACUUGUGUUAACCAGUAUGACAUUCGCUUACGUGAUACUUAUCCGGCUUGUGGUAUGAAUUGGCCAAACGAACUGAAGAAUAUAACGAGCUAUUUGAGGAGACCAGAUGUAAUUGGUGCUAUAAAUGCUCAUGCCAAACAGGAAGGCUGGGUUGAAUGUAGUGGCGCUGUUGGGACGGCCUUGGACAAUGAUCCCAGUCCUCCGUCCGUUACUCUUUUACCUGAUAUAUUAAAAGAUAUUCCGGUUUUACUCUUCAGUGGUAAUAAAGAUUUAAUAUGCAAUAUUAACGGGACGCAGAGUAUGAUCGAUUCAUUAGAAUGGAAUGGUGAUACAGGGUUCAAGGGUGCAGUUGCUGCUGACUGGCAUGUCAACGGCACACUUGUCGGUGAUUGGAAGAUAGCUCGCGGCCUGCAUUUGGCGACUAUAUACGAUGCCAGUCACAUGGUUGGAUAUGACCGUCCAGCAGUAGCAACUGAUAUGAUUAAUAGAUUCUUGGGCUUUAAUUAUACAUAUUCGGAUUUGGGGCCUCCAUCUAGUCUCGGAGAUGAUGACCAUCACUUGAUAGAACUGAUUAAUACUAUUUACUAUUCACAACGCAAAUAUCUUAAUACUAAGAAAAAUGCAGGUCAACCAAUUAAGGCUGUCGACUAUGAAAGCAACGAAUUGGAGGAACUUGUCAUUGAGACUCCUCUGUAUGAUAUAGGCGAUGAAGAUGAGGAUCACUUUGGAGACAGUGAAGAUGAGACGGAUCAUAGGGACGUCCCAUCAGAGGUGGGUACUCAACCGUAUAAAGAUGACGCGGAUAAUGGCAGCGGUGAUAGCGACCCUCAAGGAUUGAAAAGAAGGAGCAAGUAA